CGCGGCGCUGCAGCAGCCGAGCCGCUGCCCGGGCGGCGGAGCGCAGAAAGAGCCAUGGCUCGGGAGGGCGAGCGGCGCGGGAGGCUCCCGCCGCGGCGGCGGGGCCCGGCCUGACCGAGCGGGGCCAGAGCAGCGGCCCGGCGGCGUCACCCGGCAGCGGGGAAAGCAACGAAUAAAGACAGAGCCGAGAAGAAGGGGAAAGGAAAAAAAAAAAAAAGGAAGAUCCCGCAGCCCCGCGGCAGCAGCAGCAGCAGCAGCACCGCCGCCAGCCCGCAGCGCCCACCCGCCGCCGCCGGCUCGCGGGAGGAACCGGCCCGCGGCCGCCGCGAAGAGCCCCGGGACGCCCCGCUGCCCACCAGAUAGAUGUGCGGUCCGGCCGCCCGCCUGGCCGACGAUGAACGCGCAGCUGGCGAUGGAGAACAUCGGCGACCUGCACGGGGUGAGCCAUGAGCCGGUGCCCGCGGCUGCCGACCUGAUGAGCGGCAGCCCCCACCACCGGAGCGCCGUGGCCCACCGCGGCAGCCACCUGCCCGCACACCCGCGCUCCAUGGGCAUGGCGUCCAUCCUCGACGGCGGCGACUACCACCACCACCACCGGCCGCCCGACCACGCGCUGACGGGCCCCCUGCACCCCACCAUGACCAUGGCCUGCGAGACCCCCCCCGGCAUGAGCAUGAGCAGCACCUACACCACGCUCACCCCGCUGCAGCCUCUACCUCCCAUCUCGACGGUCUCGGACAAGUUCCCUCACCACCAUCACCACCAUCACCAUCACCACCACCCCCACCAGCGGAUACCGGGCAACGUGAGCGGCAGCUUCACGCUCAUGCGGGACGAGAGGGGUCUGGCAUCUAUGAACAAUCUCUACACCCCUUACCAUAAGGAUGUUACUGGCAUGGGGCAGAGCCUCUCUCCGUUGUCUGGAUCGGGCCUGGGGAGCAUCCACAACUCCCAGCAAGGGCUGCCCCACUACGCUCACCCCAGUGCCACCAUGCCCGCCGAGAAAAUGCUCACCCCAAACGGAUUUGAAGCCCACCACCCUGCCAUGUUGGCCAGGCAUGGCGAACAACACCUCACCCCCACCUCCGCUGGCAUGGUGCCUAUCAACGGGAUCCCACACCACCCCCAUGCCCACUUGAAUGCCCAGAGCCACGGGCAGAUCCUGGGCUCUGCCAGGGAGCAAAACCCUUCUGUAACUGGUUCGCAGGUCAACAGUGGAAGUAAUUCAGGGCAAAUGGAAGAAAUCAAUACCAAAGAAGUAGCUCAGAGGAUCACCACCGAGCUCAAGCGGUACAGCAUCCCCCAGGCUAUCUUCGCCCAGAGGGUGCUGUGCCGCUCUCAAGGGACCCUCUCAGACCUGCUGAGGAACCCCAAGCCUUGGAGCAAGCUCAAAUCCGGCCGGGAGACCUUCCGCAGGAUGUGGAAGUGGCUCCAGGAGCCGGAAUUUCAGCGAAUGUCUGCUCUGCGGCUGGCAGCAUGCAAGAGGAAAGAACAAGAGCACGGAAAGGACAGAGGGAAUACACCCAAAAAGCCUCGGUUGGUCUUCACGGAUGUCCAGCGUCGAACUCUACAUGCAAUAUUCAAGGAAAAUAAGCGUCCGUCCAAAGAAUUACAAAUCACCAUUUCCCAGCAGCUUGGGUUGGAGCUGAGCACCGUCAGCAACUUUUUCAUGAAUGCACGGAGGAGGAGUCUGGAUAAGUGGCAAGACGAGGGCAGCUCCAAUUCAGGCAACUCAUCUUCUUCAUCAAGCACUUGUACCAAAGCAUGAAGGAAUAACCACGAACUAAACCUCGGUGGAAAAGCUUUAAAAAUUAAUAAAUAAAUAAAGACAGACCAGGACCUCAAGAUAGCAGGUUUAUACUUAGAACUAUUUGAAAUAAAUGUUAUUUAUAAGUCCAAAGAAACCAAAGACAUAUUUCACCUGCAUUAUGACUUUGUUCUAAGACACACACUUUAGUAGGAUGACGACUUGCAAAGAACAGAGAGGAAGAAGAAAGUGAAAUGGAGGGAAUGAAAUGGAAUGCAAAGAGAAGAAAAGCAGACCACUGGUUUUACACCUUUGCCCAUUAUCAUCUUCACCGUACUUGGCUGUUUAGUGGUUUGGAGCAUAGUGAUUUCUUGUCAUUGAACGGACAUUUCUUCAGAUAUGGCUCUUCAUUUCUACAGCAAUUGCCAUGAAGGUGUAUAACGUACACACCAGUGGUUAGGGACUUAGUCAGGGCUGGUCUUCAGAGAGGGUUGUGCCAUGGCAUGACCUACAAAGCGUGGAGUCGUCUGAAUUCAUUUGAACGGUAGUGUGAUUUUUGCUGUUUCAUGGUUUGAACUUAACUGGUGCAAUGCCCGGAAGCAAGUUCAAACUAGGCAAAGAAAUUUUGAAUGGUACCUAAACCAGUGCAUUCUCUUUGUUUGUUAAGGAAUGUUCAGAUUUAAAAAAGGAAAACUAUUCCAUCCAUUAAAAAAAAAAAAAAAAUCGACUAGCUACCAAAGAACACAUUUAAUAAUUAUAUUGCAGGUAUUUUAUUGCAAUGAUUUUACUAUUCCAAAGCUAUUUUUACACAAAAUACUAUGUAGAGUUAUAGGUAUAAACUAAUCUAACUGUAUAACACAUAAAACUUGUAAUCAAGACUGUUAUUUGCAAUUAGUAAAACCACUAAUUCUGUGAUUGGCAAGAAAGAAUGUCAUCUGAGGAGAUCGCAGCCCCUUUUGGAGCACAGGCACUGAUAAUGGGAUGACGCUUCCAUUGAAGUCAGUGAGCCCUUCUGCCGCUGACUGCACUGGGAGCAAAAGAAGGGCCGCUAUUGCCACGUGUAAGGCAGCGUGGCAGCUGUCGUGCCUGCAUCCCCUUAUUACAGUCUCCCAGGCUGACAUUGCUGGAAGCCCAUUGAACAGCGCUCUUUGCAAACCGUGCAUUGUAUAUAAAUGCAGCUCAGCUCUGCCAUCUAGCCUGCAAACAGGAGACCUGAGGCACUUUGUAUGCAAAAAUGAAACGAAUUACGAAAUGUAAAACCACAGGGCUCAGCAUCUGAUCAAUACUCGUUGACAUUAGUGAGCUUUUUUUACCUAUUGACUUUACUAGGCAAAGGAACAGCAGUAGCUUUGAAGGCUCGUGGUCUUUUCUUAUUGAAAAAGGUGGUACAACAUCAGUUAAUGCUGGUGAGAAGAGCUCCAACAGGAGCUGCAGUAGUGGUUUCGGAAGGCUAAAUCAUGAUGCCUCUGAAGUCAAUAGCAAAAUUCCCAUGACACUGAGAUGCAAGCCUGAUGUUUCGUGGCUUCCUAUCUGUGUGUAGCAGGCUGAGCUUUUGUCCUGUGCAUUCUUUCUUGCUCAUCUAUUAAUCAGGAUAAUGCAUGAAAUAGUUUAACAUUUGUAGCUGAAAAGCUUUAAAUGCUCUGUUGCUAACAGACCCAUAGAAGAGAAAUCAUCCCAUUCCUACUCUGAUGAAAUUAAAAAGAAGAGCGUGCAACAUCUGUAUAUUAAAUUCUAGUGUAAGGGAAAAAUAGACUUUAAAAACCGUACAUGUGCCUGUUAGAUUUCUAACUGGUGUUUCAAAUUACAGAGGUAAUUCUGCUAGGUAUAUUAAAUUCCAGAAUAACCAAAUAUGCACGUUUAAGCCCAAAGCAAGGAUUAGAAAUAGAUAUUCUUACUUACACCCUUAAAAAAAAAAAAAAAAAAAAAAAGAGAGAGAGAAAGGAAAAUUCAAGGUAAACUAGAACCCAGCCACCACCAACAAAAUCAGAUACUGGGUUUUGGGAUGAAGCCCACUCAAAAUAAUAGCAACACCAAAGUUAAGCAAUUCUGUAGCACCACUUAUUUCCCAGAGAGGACAGGGUCUAGUCAAGGUUCAGGGUAUACAGUUAAUUUCCAGUAAGUGCUUAGAAUGCAGCUGAAAUAUCUCUAUAUUAAAAUAAAGUGAAAUAAACCCAAGCUUUUUGGCACUGAAUAUUUCUCCCCAUUUCCGUAUGUUAAACCCACUUUAAGACUGACAAAGCAAUUGCCCGUGAAAACGUAAUCUAAUCUGUGAGUUUUUUGAGUCUCUAGCUUACCUUAAAUUUUAGCAGCUUUCUUUUAAAGUGUUCCAUCCACACAGAGACAUAAUUGACAUGGAAACAUUAAUAAGCUGACAUACAAAGUAUCUUAUGGAUGCAGUCUCACUAGUGUAAGGUUAAUAAAGGACGGUGAUAACUAACUUUUUAGGUUUCUUUCCAGCAAAACACUGCUUUGUAAUGUACCUAUAGUUUAGAAAAGAGAGCCUUAUUUAUUUAAAACUUGAGAAUUUAAAAAUGCAGGGAAAUUCAAAGUACAUUGCCGCAUUUUUUAGUAUUUCCAUUGUAUUGUCUUUAGAGACUACUUGCUGAAACCAAAGAGAACUUUCAUACCAGCAUUAAAUUUGCACCCAAUAUGCAAUUUCAGGAUCUCUGAUACACACACAUGCAAGUCCCUCAAUAGGUCUGUGUAUAUAUACAAGCACACACAUUUUUAUGGAGUGCUGUAUGUAUGCACGUGCACACAUGUAUCCACACACACAAAACCCGAUGCACAAGUUAUAGAUUUUAAGUGGUUUGGGUUUUUUUACAUGUCUGUUUAAGUAUAUAGAAACGUUUUGGUUUUUUAUAAGCCAUUAGGAACAAAACCACUCUUCCCAUGAGCAAUAUGCGCCUCAUACUCUGAACAGGCAAAGAACACACUUUAAUUCUUUUCAAAACAUGAAGCAAAUAACUAUGGAACUGCUCAUUCUACCUGUAAAGCUGUUUUACCUCUGAGCAGACUGCCUGGCCGCACCAACUGAAGCAUGGAUAGGUUACCUGGUGCUCCCUGGCUUGGACCAUUGCCAUUCCUCAGCAGGGCAUCCUUAACAGGGAGCUGCUUUCUGAUGUUGUGCUUAACGUUACACAGGAAAGCUUGUCUCUGUCUUAUCAGUAAGUCUUUUGGUUCACUUCAUUCCUGAUAAAAUAGUUUCAAAUUCAACAAAGGGACCUAAAAAUCUGCCAGGAAGGGUUAGGAGAGGGAGCAGAACCUGAAACCAUUUGGGAGCAUCAGGAGAUGGGGCUUCAGUCAAAGGUGACUCCAUGGGCGAGAGGGCAUUAGGAAUGUGCAUUCGGCUCAUAGCCUGCAUCCAAACCUGACCACAGUAACCCACGAGCGGAGGCUGGCCGAGAGGUGAACUGUCCACAUCCAUCCCCAUUGUAAAUGGCAUUAUUAGCUUUCCAGGAAAAGAAAA